UAAUUCAGGUUCCCAGUAUUUCAACUACAAGGGAACAUACUCUGUUGUACUUCUGGCAGUUGUGGAUGCAAGGUAUCUUUUUAGGGUGGUGGAUGUUGGAGCUUUUGGCCGGAACAGUGAUGGAGGGACCCUUGCUGCUUCCACCUUUGGAGAAGCCCUGCGAGAAGAGAAGCUGCAUCUCCCAGAAGAUGCUCCCCUUCCAGGCGCCAAUCACCUGGGGCCCAUGCCUCAUGUCUUUGUGGGAGAUGAGGCUUUCCCCCUUAGGAGGAAUGUGCUGAGGCCAUAUCCUGGAAGAAACCUCUCCCAACCAAAGAGGAUCUUCAACUACCGUCUAUCAAGAGCGAGACGAGUAGUUGAGAAUGCAUUUGGGAUUCUUGCUGCACAGUGGAGAAUCUACCACCGGGUGAUUGGAGUGAGCCCUGAAAAUGUGGAUGCUGUUGUGAAAGCUACAGUGGCCCUUCACAACUUCCAGAGGUGGAACUCCACAGCUGAAAAUCCUGUCCCACUGGAAGAACGUGACAUCCCUGCACUUCAACAAGCAAGGAGAGCGGGCGCCAACAACGCCACCCAAGAGGCUGUAGCUGUCCGGGAGGCAUUCAACAGUUACUUCUCCUCCGCCGUUGGUGAAGUGCCCUGGCAAUACAACGUAGCCUGACGUGCCCACCUCUCACCUGUCAACCCUCUGCUACUCUUCCUCAUCAUAAAACAAAGGCUCUUUUAAGAGCCACUCACUUAUUCUUUAAAGGGCUGAUUUCCAUAAAAAUAUUUAUUCCAGCAUUCUUUGUGUGUUUACACAUACCUGGCCAAUAAAACCGUGAUUCUAUCUUUCUGCUAGAUGUGUACUUUACAAAUAACCAUAAAUAGUAAAUUAAAUGUGAUAUGUACGUUUCCUGACUUAAA